AUGAAUCAUUUGGUAUUAAUAUGUCUAUGGGUACAGUUGAUCGCUGUCUUAGACAAUUUCAUUAUACCCUUAAGCAAGUUGCCAUUGUUCCUGAGCGAAAAAAUUGUGAAAGGACAAUUGAGUAAAGGCUUGGAUAUGCUAGCAGGUUCAGAGAACUUGAAGAACUUUAUGAACAUAAAAACCUUGUGUUCUUGGAUAAAGUUUGUUUUGCAGUUUCAACAAGAGCAAAAAGAGGACGUUCGUUUAUAA